UACGUCGUGAGUGUUGCUCAUUAAGCAAUGGGGAGUACGUUGAAGCAGGUUUGGCUGAACUGAAAAAAUGGUGUGUAGAAGCGACCGAUGAAAGUAUGCUGGCUUAGCUUGGGACGAGUUGAAGCAUACCAGGCAGGCUGUUGGUUUCCUGGUCAUUCGUGAAAAGCCGAAAAUGACCUUAGAAGAAGUAACAAGAGAACUCUGUCCGAUGCUAAGUAUACUGCACUUAUACAGAAUCAGCACAAUGUAUUGGGAUGGCAAAUAUGGCACUCGGAGUGUUUCUUCAGAUUUGGUUACAAACAUGAGGGCUAUGAUUCCAGAGGACUGGGAACGGAAUCCCAUAACCAGUCCCUUCCUUUUGGACAAUGACUCGAGCAUUCCAUUCACUGUGGAGGAUAUGUCAAAGUCAAUGGAACAAGUGGAUGUAAACUACUCUGAACCCCCUCCUCAUUUGAUCAACGACGAUUUUGAUCAGCUCCUUUACUCACUCGGGCAGAAGGUGGCAUAGAUAGGAGUGUCUGAUGCAGUACUCUUGCCCUAAAAGAGUGUGUUCAUUCUUCCUUUUUCCGGGACGGAUUCUGUUUUAGUUCUUCAAUUGCUGGUUUGAGUGUUGUUGCAAUAAUAUGGAAC